AUGUUUCCUGAUUCAGACGAUGCUUCUGUCCCUGCGGAUUUUCAAGAACAGCCGCCAGCUCGCAGAGGGGAAGAGCAAGCACAUCGUGAGCAGCAAUGUCAAACGAAGGAGGACAACACUGCUCCCAUGGCAGCCACAGCGUUGUCAUUAUCGCCGCUACUCAGUCUCCCGUACGAGCUCAGGCAAAGGGUUUUCCAAUACGUCUUCAUGGUCCCGUCGUCUGAGAUCUUCCCACCCCGACAAGUAUGCUCUCCAUCGAGACUUCUCGGUAUGGUGGGAGACCAAUACAAGCUCUCUGGUCCCGGGUCGAGUACCGACGCCGCAAGCAACAAUGUUGUGCAGCCUCUUCUCCUCUGCCGUCAACUUUACCGGGAAACACGCAUGAUGCCUCUGCAAGUCAAUCGUGUCAACUGCCCAGCAACCAUGGGAUCAAAUACCUCGGCGACAAAGCGAUUCUUAGACGCUCUGAUGCCAGUCCAGCGACGAGCAAUCCGAAAGCUGGAAGUGCACUUGCUUGCGAGUGUGACGGAAGCAUGGUCCUUGAGGUCAAUUCUCAGGUCACUGGCCGGCGUCACGGAGACAGGAGGUGACAGCGGUUUGGGGGAAAGAGGUGGCGGCGCAGACGUCGAAAUCAGCUGGGAUGAGAAAGGAGAAGUCGGUCAAAAAUCCGGAGAAUACUCAGAGAAUCCGUCCGGCGACAGCAGCUUGACAAAAUUGACCGUCCAUAUCACCACACGAGAUUUGCUGUUGGCACAGGCGGACUCGAUGGUGGGGUUGCUGCACAUUCUGACAGUUGCUCCUUUUCCUCAAGAUCGUCCUUCAACGGUGUUCGUGUGUGCAGCCACAUGGGUAACCGAAGGCCUGGCUUUCCUCAAAUCUCUUCGGACAUUGACCAUUGUCAUUGAGUCCAGCGUCUCUGUUGCAACGCAAGUCACUGCAACCGAGAGAAGUCAGUUUGAGCAGGCCCUCAAAUCGUCCUUGUUGAGCGUCAAUGUGACGGUGGAAUGGCGAGUACACAGAGAGAUGCUUCUCGGAAUGGAUGACAGUGAGUGGGUGAAUUUCCUUUGGAUGCACGAUUCGACCAUAACUGCGGACGGGCAGGGAGAGCCUGGGGUGGGACGCAAAGUCGGGUUUCCCAGUUGGACGAACCUUGUGUCCUGA